AUGGCACACAUAGUCGACACUUAUUUUAAAAAAGCUGGAUGCGGCGACGGCCACAGUUAUGACACUACAUGUCUGGUGUAUUUCACUUAUUGUGAGAUUGUCGUCACACUGUUCUUCGUGGCGUCAACCUACCUAUUGAUUGCCGACCCCACAGAAGACCUAUCCGUUCGCGCCUACGGCGCCCUAUGCUUCAUAAUUGAAAUCCUCAUUUCUGCAUUCAUAGCUAUUAGGUUCUACAAUCAGUCACAAUACCGUGAUAUGUAUCAGCGUUCGCGGAGAGUAGGAAUAUCAGAAAACCUUAGACAGAAAAUCGCAAUUGUGAUCAAACAUCACUUAAUCAUGCCGAACUUGUUCGCAGUAGUUUCCGUGUUGUACACGAUUUCGUCGGAAUCAGUGAAGAUUGGUGAUCCGUUCACGUUCCCCUUCGUGGACGUAUUGUCGAUAAAAACGACAACUGAGGCUGUUUACGUAUUCAAAUAUAUUUUAUACGCUUUGCCCGUAUACAUUGCACACAUUGAAGUCAGUUUCUUGCACGUGAUGUACAUGUAUUCCACGGGCGUUCUGCAGACUCAUUUUCAGAUUCUCGACGAACAGGUCAAAGAAUCAAUGGUAAACACGGAUGAACACAAAUUAAAGAUCGCGAUCGAACACCAUCAAGAGAUGUUGAAGUUUUUCAAAGAAAUGAAGACAAUAUUUGAGAAACCAAUAUUUUUGAUAAUAGUAUGUUGUGGAUUGUAUAUUGGUUUGACUGGUUGUUUAGUAAUUCAAGUCAUACAGGGCUAUAUUCAUCAAAUAAUAUUGGGACUAUGUAUAGUUAGUAGUUUGCAAUGUAUCAUAACAAUUAUAAUUUAUUGCAAUUAUGCAAGUAAUUUGUACAAUUUACAUGAUGGUAUAUUUAACGGACUUUUUAAACAUCGUUUAUUUUAUUCUCAAAACAAAUCAUUUAAUCAUCUUAUAUUAAUAAUGAUGACUAGAGCAACGAUUCCAUUAGAAUUUAAAGCUGGUUCCAUUUUCACCGUAAACAUAAACCUACUUGUCAGAAUCUUAAAAUUUGCAUACACGGUGUUUAAUGUUCUAUUAACUUCAAUCAAUCACCAACUUAUAAAAACUGAAGUAUAA